UGGCUGCAGGGACGGGCAGUGCCACCAACAGGACCCCGUUAUGGAGCAGGGUGGCAGCCAGACCCCCACGUGCCCACUCCCUGCCUGGGGAGUGUGAGGGCCACGGAGCCUGGGCCGGUGUGGGGCUGUGGGGUGGUUUGAUGCUGAGAUGCAGCCCCGCUCCCGGUGCCGGCCCCGGCAGAGCCGGUGCAGCUCCAGCAGGGCCCGGUGCCGCAGUGGCCAUGGACAGAAUGUCAUGGCUGAAGGCUGAUCUAUCGCCUGGAACUGGGCAAAUGCCCCUUCUGCUGUGUCCCAUCUGGCCAUCCCGGACUCUGAGGUGCCAGGUCACACUCCUGCCCCGAUGUGGGGACGUGUUUGCUGUGCCCUGCAGAGAACUCCCGGUCCAGCCCCGUGGGGAAGGGAGAGACACACUCUGGGGACCACGGGGGCUCACGCUGUGGCGAGAAAUGAGGAGUGGGUUUGUACCUGCGCACGCUGGGUGGUCCCAGUCCUCCCAGUGCGGGUGUAUGGGGUCCCCCUGCCUGAGGCCUCGCUGGCCAUGGGGUGUGAAGCUGGGGGCAGAGCCGGGGGGAGCCAGAAGCAGCAACUCUGCCUGGUGGCUGCAUGGUGGCUCUGGGGACCCAAGAACAGGCACAGGGAGACAGCACUGUCCAGCUGCUGGUGGCCUGAGUGUCACUGGCCAGCCAGAGCCAGCAGCACGAGAAGGUGACAGCGGGGGGGGCCCUGGAGUCCCUGGGAGGGUGACCCCUGCACCCACAGCCCUUCUCGAGCCCUCGGGGCUCUCCCUGCCCUGGGGCAGCCGCAGCCACGGUGCUGGGGGGAGCCGGGCAGGGGUGUGCAGCCCAGCCAAGGGGCUGCAUGUGCUGCCAGCCCCAGCCCCCUGUGGACACCUCCCGUCCGUCCAGAACCGGUGCCGGGUGCUGGGGUCGCCCUCUGCACCGGGGUCAGGCCGAGCACCCUCCUGGUGAGGCUGCAGACGGGGGUGCGGCCCAGGAGACCCCGUGGGCGCAGGGCGGACCGUGGCGCAGGCAGGCGCCGCAUGAGCCCGUACGGCCCGCGGCCCCGUCACCCGUCCCCCAAUCCAUCUCCCAGGAGCAGCAGCAUUCCAGCCCCUGGGCACGGCAAACAUCUGCCUCGCGCUCCGGGUUUAAUUAACCUGCUGCCUCCUCCCUCCCCCAGCACCCGGCGUUUCCUCCCCAGCGCUGCUCAGGGCUGGGACAAGCACUGACAGGGCCUGGGCCGACACCAGUGCCAACACAAGUGCCAGUGCCGUGGCCAGUGUCAGUGCCGGUGCCAAUGCUUGCUGUGUCCACAGGGCCAUGGCGAGCCUCCCUGCCGCACCAGCCCACAGCUGGCGGCUCUCUCUGGGCGGGAAAGCCACGGCCGUGCCGUGUGGGUGCAGCUGGAGCACUGGGUGGGUUUCUCCCGGCACCUGUCGGGCCAUGUGCAGCAAACUGUAGGGAACUGGCAGGGCAGGGUCCUGGUGCUGCAGACCGGGGCACAGCGUCCCCCCGGCUGAGGCGCGUGGGGCCUCCCACCCAUGGCACAGGGCUCCACGGGAGCAACGGGAAGAGAAAUGCCUCUGGCAUGCAACGCGGCAGUUCCGCACCUGCCCGGCACUGUGGUGGGACAGUGGCACAGCCAGCUCGGCACAGCACGGGGGUUGGGCAGGGCAGCGUGUGCCCAACCUGUGCCUGGCAGGGUUGGACAUGUGUGUGUGUGUAUGUGUGCAUCCGCGCUGUGCCGCAUGCGUGUAUGCGUGUGCAGCAGGCUGUGCAUACACACGCGUGUGCAGGCAGGCUGUGCCCCUGGGGAAUAUGUUUGUCUAUCAGCACCCCAUGGCACUGGGUGAGUGGGUGCCCCUGCGGCCACAGCUGCCCCACACCCCAGAGUUGCUGCGGGAGCAGGGACGGUCACCCCACACUGCAGCGGAGCUGGCUGAGCCUGAAUCCACCCAGCGCCCCUGGUGUGUGUGGCCCCUGGUGCCCCCGGGGUGUGUAGUGUCCAUUGGGACAUGCAGUGCAUUGCAUGCGGUGCCCAGGAUGUGUAGUGUGUGUUGGGACAUGCAGUGCAUUGCAUGCAGUGCCCCUGGGAUGUGCAGUGCCCCCAGGAUGUGCAGUGCCCCCAGCACGUGCAGUGCCCCCGGGAUGUGCAGUGCCCCCGGGAUGCGGCAGCUGCGGUUCCCGGUGCCGCUGUGAUUUACAGGCACAGGCCCCGGUAAUGUCAUUUACCCCAGACCGGUGGCGCCAGGGUGGCCGGGCAGCUGCCCCUCCUCGCCAGCCCCUGCCCCGGAGUCGUGACCCGCCCGGGACCCGGGACCCCCGUCCCGGGAGCCGCCGGGACCGACCCGCGGGUCUGCCCCACGACCGCACCUCACGGGCCGGACCCGCCGCUUGCGGAGCAGCUGUCGUGAUAGCUGCCGGGAGCCCCGGUCCGAGCCGGUCCGGCCCGUGCUGCUCUCCGGUGGCCGCUACCGCCGCCGGUGGAGCGGGGCCGGUCCGCCGGCCGGGGCCGAGCCCGCCCCGGGCGGAAUCGUUGCACCCCGCACACGGGCACCCGGUGGGGCUGCAGCAGGCCCCGCUUUUGCGAGCCAGGUACGAGCGUCCCGACGGGCCGGUCUAGGCUCCGUGCCCGGGAACGGCGGGUCGGAGGGACCGGGGUCCGUGUCCCGCGAACGGCUGAUUAAUAGGAACAGCGGGUUCGCGCUACCGGGAACGGCGGGUCCGCGGGAACCAGAGUCUGUGACUCGGGAACGGUGAGUCGGGGGAACUGCGAUCCAUGAUCACAGAACGGCGGGUCCGUGGAGAAUGGGGUCCGUGCUACCGGGAACGGCGGGUCCGGGGGAAACGUGAUCCAUGGCCCGGGAACGGAAGGUCGACGUAACUGGGGUCAGUGUCCCGGGAACGGCGGGUUCCUGGUAACCGGGGUUCAUCCACCGGGAACGGCGGGUUUGGAGAAGCGGGAUUCGAACCACCCGGCAGGGCGGAUGGGUCCGUGCCCCGGGAACGGCGGGUCGGGGGAAGCUAAACGUGUGUCCCCGGGAGCGCGGGUCCCUGCUACCGGGAGGGGCGUAUUAGUCCGUGCUCCGGGACCGGUGGCUCGGGGGAACCGCGGGACGUCUGGGAGCGGCGGAUCUGGGCAAACGCCGGGUCCGUGUCCCGGGAGCGGCGGCGCCAGGGACCGAGAGGUCCGGUCGCUCCGCGGUGGACGGGCUCGGUGGUACCGGACUCGGUGCGCCCGGACAGCAGCGGGUCAGCGGAACGAAGCCUGCGCGACUCAGAAGCGGUGGGCGCGGUGCGGGUCCCUGCGUCCCGGGAUGCAGGAACGGGCUAGCGGCGCCCGGACCGGGACUGCUCCAUAUGCCCUGGGGGGCGCAGCCGUGUGUCCCGCGAGGACGGGAGGCCGCGGCUCCGCCUCGGGCGGCCAAGCGGCGGUCCCGGCCCUUCCGCGCUGUGCGCCCCGACGCCCCCGGGGCGCGGAGAGGCACCGGUAUCGCGGCGGCUUCGGUGGCCGCCGCGCCGUCCCUUCGUUGCUGCGCGCCGGAGGGCGUCAGGCGGCUUCCCCGGCGGCGGGGAACCGGACCGGAGCGCGGCGGGGCCAGGGGCGUCCCGGGGCCGGCCGGGGCGCUGUAAGCUCUGGGCCCGACGGGCCGGGCUGGAGCAGGUGCGAGAGCCCCGGCGGCCGGCGAGCCGGGAGCCCGGUGCCACGGCAGGGGGGGGGCCGGUGGCGGGGUGUGGCCCCGGGAUGCGUGAGCCUCCGCCCCCGGGGGCGCGGGGCUGUCAAUCACGGGGCACGGCCGCCAAUCAGGGCGCGGGCGGUCGGGAUUUUGGCAGGUACAGAUGGAGCGGGGCAGAAAAGCGCGCGCCGCCGGGACCCGCCGCGCACCCGCGCUCCCGCGCCGGGGCCGCCAGCAGCCGCGGGCCAUGCCCCGGACCCGGCCGCUGCCCCGGCCGCUGCCCCGGCUCCAGCCCCAGCCCCGCCGGGCCCGCAGCGGGCGCCCCGAACCAGCCACCCCCGCUCCCGCCCCCGCGCGGGGCCGCCCGCUGCCGCCCGCCGCCGCCCCCCGCUGCCCCCCGGCCAUGUCCGCGCCCCGCCGGCUCUGAGCGCGGCCGGGCGAUGGAGGCGGCGGCGCUGGCGCGGGAGGGCGGCGGUCAGGGCCCCCCGCCCCACGAGCCCAUCAGCUUUGGCAUCGACCAGAUCCUCGGCGGCCCCGAGCCCGCGGGCGGCGGCGCGGGACCGGCCCGGGCGGCGGGGGAGCCCGACUACGGGCUCUACGGCGGCGGGUACGGCCCCGCCUGCACCCUCGGCUCCUACAACCUCAACAUGAGCAUGAACGUGAGCGUCAACGUGACCCCCGCGCCCGCCGCGCCGCCCGCCGGGGUCAUCCGCGUCCCGGCCCACCGGCCCGCGCCCGCCGCGCCGCCCGCCCCGCCGCCGCCGGUGCCCGGGCUCUCGGGGCUCACCUUCCCCUGGAUGGAGACGACGCGCCGCAUCGCCAAGGACCGGCUCUCAGCCGCGCUGUCGCCCUUCGCGGCGACCCGGCGGAUCGGGCACCCCUACCAGAACCGCACGCCGCCCAAGCGGAAGAAGCCGCGGACCUCCUUCAGCCGGGUGCAGAUCUGCGAGCUGGAGAAGCGCUUCCACCGGCAGAAGUACCUGGCCUCGGCCGAACGGGCCACCCUGGCCAAGGCCCUCAAAAUGACGGAUGCCCAGGUCAAGACCUGGUUCCAGAACCGUCGCACCAAGUGGAGGAGGCAGACGGCAGAGGAGCGCGAGGCCGAGCGCCAGCAGGCCAACCGCCUGAUGCUGCACCUGCAGCAGGAGGCUUUCCAGAAGAGCCUGAGCCAGCCGCUGCCCCAGGACCCGCUCUGCAUGCACAACUCCUCCCUCUAUGCCCUGCAGAACCUGCAGCCCUGGGCUGAGGACAACAAGGUGACGUCCGUCUCAGGGGUGGCCUCCGUGGUGUGAGGUCCCCGGGGGCCAUGGACACGCCGGUGGGCAGUGGGAGCACGGCGGGGUCUGAGCCCAGCACCUUGGGCUGCUGCCCAGGAGCUGCCCCCAUCGGCAGCCCCCUCCCUACCGUGGGAUGGCCUCCCUGGGCCCCCUUUGCUGUCCCCCCGGGCCCAUGGCCACCCUGCAGCUCCAGGUGGGCAGAUGUGCCCCUGGUUGGACUCCAAAGCUCUGUCGACCCUGCCUGGGCCCUGCCUGCGUCACCGCCGUGGGCAGCCCCCGUCGGACCCUCUGGGGAGCCCAGGGCUGGACCCCACACCCUGCUGUGCCAGACCGGGCCCCCGCCCCAGGGCCCCCCACGCUGGGGGCAGCUCCUUGGGUGGUCCCAGCUCAGGACCCGCUGCCCACCCACCAGCAGCCCCCAGCCCGGCAGCCUCCACCCGGAGCCCCCAGCUCGCUGUGGGGGGAGCCCCCGCCCGCAGAGACGGCUGCUGCGGGGUCUGCACCACCCACACGCACUUGCCUUGUCCUGGCUGGAGUUUGCCGGCUCUGGGUCCCAGCUGCAGCCCCUGGACUGGAUGAGGAACCUACAGCCCCCACCCCCCAGUAGUGGGACAGACUGACGGACUGGGCUCACCCGCCCCGUGGGCCAGGCUCCUGCCCACUCCUGGCCCCUCACCCACCGGUGUUCUGGCUCCCUGGAGCCCCGGGCCUGGACGUGCCCCCACAGCACCCCGCUACAGACUCGGAUUGCACCAGCCCCCCCAAAUGGGACUGCCCUUGUGCCCACAACCCCCAGUCUCUGGCUUCAGGGACCCCCUUCACUUCCCCCUGCGCCACCGGGGUCAGACUGAACCUCGAUCUGAUGUGACCCACAGCACACUUGUGGGGAAGCAGAGGGGUGCGCUGGGGCUGGAACACCCCCCUUCUCCAGCAAAUAUCUCUUCUUCCCUGGUGACCUCCUGAGUGUCCCCAGCCAUGGCCGGGGGUCCCCACCCCUGCCUUGUUCCCCUCUCAGCUGCCCCCCAGCCCCAUCGUCUCCCCUGCUUCACCAAUGUGGUGCCUGGUCAGUGGGACCCUAAACUUGACCUUGACCCCACCUCGGCGCUGUCCUGGAGCCUCUGCUGCCCCCGCGUUGGGCCCGGCGGGAGGCGGGCAGCCGGUGCCGGUGCCCCGGCAGCGGGAUUGGCUGCGGUUCCGUGACGCGGCCCCGUUUCACCGGGGGCGGAACCGCGGCGGCGCGGCCGCAGAAGCGGCGGGAUGAGCGCGGCCGAGGGCUGGCCCCGGUGCCGGCGGGGGGGCGAGGCGGUGCUGCGCGCCCGGGCCGAGGCUGCCGGGUACCGGCGGCUGCUCCGCGCCCGCGCGGCCGAGGUGGAGGCGCUGCGCGGGGCCGUGGGCGCGCUGCACCGGCAGCUGCAGGGGCUGCGGGACCGGCGCAGCGGGGAGCUCGCCAAGUACCAGGAGCGGGUGGCGGAGCUGGAGCGGGAGAUCGGCGCGGCGGAGGCGGAGAUGGCCCGGUGCCUGCGGGAGUACCCGGCGCUGCUGCGGCUGCGGAUGGCGCUGGAGGCGGAGAUCGCCGCGUACCGGGAGAUGCUGGAGGGCGAGGAGCUGCGCCUGGGCUGCCUGGCCCCGCCGUGACGGGACCCCGCGCCCCCAGAGCCCGGACUCUGCUCCUCGGCGUCCCCUGAGUCCCCCUUGCCCGCGCCUUGGGACCUCCACCCCCAGACGCCCAGGCCGAGGGCCCCCCGGCCCUUCUGGCGUCCUGGAGCCUCGGCCCUUCUGUCCCCUGUGCCAUGGGCUCCCUGGACUCCUGGGCUCCCUAGACCCCCGCCCCGGGAGACCCCAGCCCCCCAGGAGGGCAGCGCGCGUGGGGUCGCACACUCUCACCAGCCUCCCCGGAGCAGCAGCGAGGCUGGGCUCCCAGCCCCAGCCUGUGCGGAAGCACCUCAAUAAAGCCCCGUGGCAUUA